AUGCCCCACCACCACCUUCCCCUCCCCACAGUGGAGAGCGGCUGCCCUUUUAAGUAUAGCUCAUAUGAUAAUAAAAGACAAAGAGGAAGUUGGCAGAUAGACGGGGUCUUGAGUCUAGAAUAUCUGGAAGAGCUGCACAUGGGGAAGAACCCGAUUGUAAUCAUUCCCAGAGACAUAAAUUGCCUGAGGCAUAUGAAGGUCCACUACUUGGAUCAGAAUCACAUACAAGACAUAUGCAAAGAACUGGAGAAGAUGAAAUCUCCUCUGAGCUUAGAUUUAAGUAACAAUCUUGUAGCUUGCUGCAAGUUGCAGUCCCUUUGUCAGCUCAGGCUCUAUAGAACAAACUUACAUGAAAUUCCAGUGCAGGUCUGUGGAUACCUCUAUCACAUUGAACUGCUUGGCCUUUCUAACAAUCAUCUCAAAUGUCUGCCUAAAGAAACAGUAAACCUGAAAAAAAAAAUCAAGGAAAUUUGCCUCCAGAAAAAUAGAUUUUAAAGUUUUCUCAAGGAGCUUUGUCAUAUUGCUAAUUCAGAAAUUAUAACUCUAGUACAAAAUCUAAUCAGUGUCAUCCCAGAAGAGGGAGGCUUUAUGACAAACCUAGUUAAAAUACUUUUAGCUUUUAAUAACUUAUCCUCUGUUCCUCCUACACUGCAACACUGCCAGAAGCUUGCUGUGCUGGAUCUGUCUCAUAACCUCCUGCACAAGCUUCCCCCAGGCUUGAAGAAUCUCACUGGAAUGAGUCCUCUGACUGCUAACAGCCUGGAGAAGUUCCCACACCAGAUCUGCUGCUGGUCAUCCCUUUCCCAUGUUUAUAUAAGUGACAACUCCCUUGAUGAUUUUCCUAAAGGAAUAUGCACUAUAAAAAAUCUGGAGGAAUUGGCCCUGGAUGACAAUCAGAUACAGGAGGUGCCUGUGGAGCUGAAAGAACUGACAAAUCUGAAAUGCCUUAGCCUGUUUGGAAACCAACUCAGUAUCUUUCCAAAGGAAAUCUUUCUCCUGGGUUCAUUAGAGAGAUUAUACCUGGGACAAGAUAAAGGAAUUAAAUUCCCAAGGCUGCCAGAAGACAUCAGUUUGCAGAAGCUGCUCAUUGAGAACAAUCACCUGUCCCAGCUGCCCAAGGAUUUGGACAAUCUUCAGCAGCUGGAGCUGGUCCGGAAUGAGAACCCUAUGGCAGACCCUCCAACUGAAGUGUGCUGUCAGGGGACAUCUGCCAUCUGGGAAUACUUAUGGGGAAAAAGGCAUAAAAAGGCCAUGAAGUUAAAGGUAACCAGACUGUUCUUGACUAUCAGAUCCAAAGUUUGUGGCAUGGGUUGA